AUGCCAUCGAAACUACUGCAGUUAAUCUGUGCUCUGACGACGGUUGCGAUGGUCUUCCAGAUUCUUCCAGUGAUCUCCAUGCCACUAGUAAACAGCAUAUAUCUUUCACGCUACAAUGGUAGACUUUUUGGUGUUUUUGGAUGGUGUGUUGUGUCUACAGGCGAGUGCACACCACCACGGGUGGGUUACACUUUGCAAUGCGCGAUGCAAGAUACAUAUGGAAUCAAAAAUGACACAAAUUGUGAAUUGGAAGAGUUCAACAGUGAUUUCUUACCUUCGCGCGCGAAAAGGGCCAUUUCAAAGCUUUUGGUAGUCCACCCGAUGUCUUUGUUUUUUACUGCAACAUUGUGGAUUGCGACUAUAGCACUGAACACUCGUUUAUUUUCGCGGUCCCGCAAAGCGCUUGCGUGUGCUGUGUUGUGGUCUCUUCCUGCCGUUUUCUUGUCGCUUUUGAGUUUUCUGGUCGACGUGCUAUUGUUCGUCCCAUACCUAGCUUGGCCAGGCUGGCUGAUUCUUGUCAGCACCCUACUUAUAGCCGUGGCAUCUUGCAUAAUGUGCGGGGUGCGAAGGUCUGUUUCGCUCCAGAAAUACGAGAGGCUUCGAAAAAAAGAGGUCAUUGAGUUAGUGCCAUUGCAAUCCGAUAAGAUGCAGUCGGAGCUCUCGGAUCUUUCACCUGGAGGUCAUCAACUACAACGCUCAGCGUCGCUGCAAAACCCACAACUGGUUCAAAAGCCAUACUAUCCGUCGAGCUGA